ACGGGGAUUCGGACCGGGAACCUUCCGGUUGUAAGACGACGGUCCCAGUCAGGGCACUGCUUACACGUGGAGAGCAGACGUGAGGUUGACGUCACUUCAUCAGCGCGCGCGGACAGGGCUACUUGGAGCCGUGGGUCCGCGCGGAUGUGACAGCGCUGACACAAAACAAUGGGAAGCUCCCGCGCACGCACCGAGACACCGGCCCGGGUUGGCACGAGCCACGGAACCUUCUGCACUGCCGGGCACGCUUUGAAGCAUGGAAACGGCGCCGCUGUGAACUUCAACUUAUUCCGCGGCCACCAUGGCAUCGCCAUCGGACACAGACAAUGACACGUGCCACUGCCGCGAGUCCGUGGAGCCGGGCAGCCCGACCAUCAGCGCGCUCAUGUUUUCGGCCGGCGUCGUGGGCAACGUGAUCGCGCUUGUCCUGCUGGAGGUGCACCGGCGGAAGGAGCAGCGCCGCGAGCGCCGCGAGCGCCUCUCCCUCUUCCACGUGCUCGUGACGGCGCUCGUGCUCACCGACCUGAUGGGCACCUGUCUGGUGAGCCCGCUCGUGCUCACCUCCUACGCGCGCAACCUGACGAUGAUGGGCAUGAUGACGGGCGGCAGCGCCGUGUGCGACUACUUCGGCUUCAGCAUGACUUUCUUCAGCCUGGCCACCCUGUCCAUCCUGUUCGCCAUGGCCCUGGAGCGCUGCGUCUCCAUCGGGUGUCCCUACUUCUACUGGCGCCGCGUGUCCCGGCGCUGCGGCUUCAUCUCCAUCCCCGUCAUCUACAUCAUCUGCAUGCUCUUCUGCCUCUUGCCCUUCGGGGGCUUCGGCAGCUACGUGCAGUACUGCCCGGGCACGUGGUGCUUCAUCGACAUGAAGCCGUCGCGCGCCGAGCACAAGCUCUACGCGGCACUCUACGCCUCCAUGGUGCUGCUCUGCGUGCUCGCCGUGGCCGCGUGCAACGCCUUCGUCGUGUACAACCUGCUGCUCAUGUACCGCCGGCGCCAGGCGAACCGCGGCUCCGUGCCGAGCGCGAGCCGCAGCGGGAGCGCGAGCCGCAGCGGGAGCGCGAGCCGCAGCGGGAGCGCGAGCGGCGCGCACCACCGGGGCCACUUCUCCAUGGCCGAGGAAGUGGAGCAUCUCGUCUUCAUGGUCUUCAUAACCGUGGCGUUUAUGAUCUGUUCGCUUCCGCUCGUGAUGCGCGUGUACAUCAACUCCAUGGGCCAGAGACAAGAGAGCCACCAGAUGGAUCUUACUGCCCUGCGCUUUCUCUCCAUCAACUCCAUCAUUGACCCCUGGAUCUUUAUCAUCCUCAGCCCUUCAGUACUGCGCUUCCUCUGGGGGACAAUGUGCAGGAGCCCAUCCUUCCGAUCUGCAGGGGUAAUGUUCAAGUCCUCCGUUGGGAAAGAUAAGCAAGGUCAGCUCGAGCGCUGUGCCAACAAAGUCCCAGUAAACAUUACCAACAUUCAGAGCCAAACAGAAUGAUUUCACAGUGGAACACAAAAAAUGGAAGCUGAACUGUCAAUGUGGGUGUAAAAUGCUUUUGUUUUGAAUUACAAAGUCAUCAUGGAUGCAAACAAUGCAGAAUAUAAUUAUAAAGGGAUGUUUUGCUUGUUUAUGUACUUAGUAGAGCAAUGCAGUGACAUAAGAGGGAAAUCUGAUUUUGCAGCCGGACGUUAAUAAAAAUAGGCAAAAAAUCUUAAAGUCAAGGAAUUAGUCAAGGAUAAUAACUUAAAAUUGAUUUUUAAGACAAAUUACUUAAUCCAUAGCAUUUGAAAACUGUACUUGAAUACCUUCUGGCAUUUUUGAUCCCAAGUCUUUCACACUGAAAGGAAAUAAUUGAACAUCAGUUUAUAUUGCAAGGGGCUUUGAUAUAAUAACUGUAAAAUAACUGCAAAAAAAACAUAUGAUGACAAUCAUCAAACAGAGUUGCCACUGUCUCAGGUCAUCUUAACAAUAUGGGUUGUCAACUCGCUGUCAUUAUUUCAAAUUCCCAGCCACAGACAGUACAAGAAAAAGCUUGUAGAUUAAGGUAUAAAACGGUUCCUUUGCGUUUGUUUUGAAAAAGUGAAGCUCUCACCAAAGACCACCUUGUCCUUAGAAGUUGCACAGUGUUGCCUUUUCUAGAUAACUUCACAAUAAUUUGCAGUCUUAGCACACUUAAUGUUGCGAAAUACUACAGCUGACAAAUACUGGGCAGCAUUAGUUAUUUCUACAGAUGAUUACGAAACAUUUCUUAAUUUAGUCAAAAUUGAGCGUACAAAAACUAUCGGUUUAUUAUACAGACUGACUUUGUGAACAAAUGUGCAUUAACGGGACUGCACUGAAAACAAAUGGCGAAUGGUAGGCACAGCUGUAUCUUGAAUGUAAGUAUUUGAAUGUCAUAGCCAUUAAGUGAUGUGUAAGAUCUCCAUUCUCAGUGCACUUGGCUUGGGAACAAUCAUGUAAAUAUCCUGAAGAGAGAGCGAUGCAAGUGUGGACUGGAGUAAUGCACAGGAGUGAUGCCCUUUUACAGUCAAGCAUAAAAUCCUGAAAUGGAGCUGAAAGCAGAUGUAUCAGUAUUGUUUUUUAAUUACAGAACCACACAUAUCACAUAUGCAUUUUCAUAUAUAUACAGUAUAUACAUAAAG